ACACACACCACAGUUGUGUUUCCACUGUGUCCUCUGUGUUCCCAGCACAAGGCUGGCACACUGCUCUGUCAGUCUUGUGAACACAGCCCUUCUCUCCCCUUCUCUCUGCAGCCUGGAGCAAAGACCUGAAUAAUAUCCCUGAAUUAUCUGCAGCUCAGUUGUGUUUUCUGUGGAUUUCAUGGUUUUGAAGUGUUGAAAAUCUGAUUGUUUGGGUUUUUGUUGGAAGAAACGGAGUAGAGGCAUUCUCCCAGAGUGGAUUUGCUGGCUUAGAAGAUCUGUCUAAAUCUUCCAAGAUGGCACGUUUGAGAGGCUGGGUUGUUGGGCUCCUGCUGGUGCUCCUGUGCCCAUCCCAGGUACCACUUUCUGGGGUAGUGAGUGCCCAGGACGUGGCUGAAGCAGAGGCAGACCUCCAUGCCAGAAGUGAUGAGGAGGCUGUGGCGGAAGAGGGCGAAACCACUGAGGGCAAUGAUGGUGCUGGUGAGGAAGAUGAACAGGUAGCAGGGGAGGGAGGUGAGGAAGAAUCAGAUGAGGAGGAUGAGACUGAUGAACAGGAGACUGAGGAGGAGGAGGAGGAAGAGGAGGAGGCAGGAGAAACAGAGGAGGAAGAGGAGACAGGAGAAGCAGAGGAAGAAGAUGAGAAUGCUGAUGAGGAAACUGUCGAGGAAGACGAGGCAGGAGAAGCGGAGGAAGAGGCUGAUGAGGAGGAUGAAGAGGAAGAGGAGGCUGAGGAAGGGGCUGCUGAGGAGGAUGAGGAAGAAGAGGAAGCUGAGGAAGAGGCUGCUGAGGAGGAUGAAGAGGAAGAGGAGGCUGAGGAGGAUGAGGAAGAAGAGGAGGCUGAGGAAGAGACUGCUGAGGAGGAUGAGGAAGAAGAGGAGGCUGAGGAAGAGGCUGCUGAGGAGGAUGAAGAGGAAGAGGAGGCUGAGGAGGAGGAUGAGGAGGCAGCAGAAGAGGAGGAGAAGGAGGAAGAUGCUGAUGAGAAUGAGGGGGAGGCUGCUGAGGAAGAGGAGGCUGGUGAUGCUGAGGAUGACUCUGAGGAAGAGGAUGCAGCUGGGGCAGAGGACGAUGACGAUGAAUCUGAAGCAGAAGAGAACCAGGAUGACGCAAGUGAAGAGGAGGCUUCCUCUGACAUGCUGCAGUUCCGCUCUGGCUCUUUGUGCAGUGUUUGCUCCAUCUGUGAGCACUGCUCUAACAACUGUGACAAGUGCCCCUGUGAAGAGGGAGAUGAGUCAGAUCACUGCGAGCACUGCCAAGGAUGCUCGUCCUGCUACCUCUGCCCCAUACUGUGUGACACAGUUUGUACACCAGGUGGCCUUGUUGAUGAGAUAACUGGGUCCCUCUUUCAGACUGUCACCUCUCUACUCUGAGCACCCCAUAGACUUUGUCCUUAGACGCCAUCCUGGGGUAACAUGUGGUACUGCACCCAGGUUUGGCCCUGUCAAGGGGCUCAUCAGGUCUUCUUGAGGACUCCCAUAAGAGCACCUCAUGAAUCUGACAGCUGACAGAAAAACAAAAACCUAAACAUGUGUUAAAAGCUGAAAUAAUCCAUUUGUAGAAUUUAAUUUCUUUUCCUUUAUUUAAUGACUUGGACAUUGUACAUUUUCAAUGCAAAAUGGCUGAUAUUGUAUUGCUAAGGAUAUGAUUUUUUUUCAUUUUAUUUCUUUUUUUUUGUAGGAUUAAAGGAGUUUUAGCUGAGCAAAAAUGUUUAUAGGCCUACCUUGGUGGCAAGAGUCUGUAUUAAUGCACUAGAUGAAAAGGAAGUCUGUUGCCACUCAUGUAACAUGUAAAUAUUAAAUUUCUCAGGACAAGUCCUUUGGGUUUGCAGCAUGUUACAGUGAAAUGUCACAUGUUGCCACUGUUGAUGUGCACUGUGACUGAUUCUCACCUGAUAAUAAAUUUCU